AUGUCUCAGAAAGGAUUCUUCCGUGAAGAAUCUGACUACCUCAAUUGUGACACGGAAGAUGGUGCCGAGGGAACGACGGAAGAAGCUUUUGACAUGGUCAAUUCUUCCAUUGUGUCUGGGGAGAGUAUCCGUUUUUUUGUCAACUUCAAUCUUGACAUGCAGGCUCAUUUGACUGAAAAUGCUACAUCUGGCUGUGUUCUCCUUCAUACCUCCAGAAAGUAUCUGCAAUUAAAGAACUUUGAGGAGGAGGUCCGGGCACGCCGUGACGUGGAUGGCUUCCUGGCACGGUCCACCAUCAUUCUGAACGAGACGGCAACCACCCUGGAUGACGUGCUGCACGAGAUGCUUCUGCAUCUUUCCCGAGACCCAAACAAUGCCGAACCUAGCUUUGAUUUCGACCAAGUCACAGCAACCCUUUUCACUGAUUCGGGAGCUCCUCGACAGGGAACCGUUCACCUCCUCACAGAUAUAAUCCAGGGAGUGACAGCCACCGUCACCGGGAUACGGUACCAGCAGUCCUGGCUUUGCGUCAUAUGUACCAUCAAGUCGCUGCAGCGGCGCCACGUGUGUAUCAGCCGCCUGGUGCGUCCCCAGAACUGGGGCGAGAACUCCUGCGAGGUGCGCUUCGUGAUCCUCAUAAUGGCUCCGCUCAAGAUGAAAAGCACGAAGACGGCCAUCGAGGUGGGACGGACGUUUGCGACCAUAUUCUCGGACAUGACGUUCCGUCUUCGGCUGCUGGAGACGCGCACCAAGGAGGAGUUCAAGGAGGCCCUGGUGCAGCAGAGGCACAAGCUCAGCGUUCUCAAGCUGCAGUCCUUGCACAUCCAACAGAGCGAUGCCCGCGGGGACCACGACCACAUUAUUUUACAUUGUCAUCAGUUCCUCAAACUGGGGAAGGGAAUCAUGGAGGACAUCGCCAGGAGGUUUCCUGUAUAUACGCUGGACUUCACAGAUGGUGUGAUAGGAAGCAACAAGGCUUUGGGGAAGUACCUCACCACCAUGAUCUUUUUAUACUUUGCCUGCCUCCUGCCGAGCAUUGCCUUUGGUUCCCUCAAUGACGAGAACACAAAGGGAGCUAUUGAUGUGCAGAAAACAAUUGCUGGUCAGAGCAUUGGCAGCCUGGUGUAUGCACUGUUCUCGGGACAGCCUUUGGUGGUGGUGCUUACCACAGCGCCGUUGGCCCUCUACAUACAUGUGAUCAGUCGCAUUUGUGAAGAUUACAAGCUGGACUUCAGUGCCUUCUAUGCCUGGACUGGGCUAUGGAACAGUUUCUUCCUGGUGAUCUAUGCCAUCUUCAACUUGAGCCUUAUUAUGAAGCUUUUCAAGAGAUCGAUAGAGGAAACCAUCGCCCUCUUCAUUUCCAUCACAUUUGUGCUGGAUGCUAUCAAGAGCAUGGUCAAAAUCUUCAAGAAAAACUAUUUCUAUCAGGAAAACGCCUUGGGUGGGCAUAGUAACUCGCUGACAGACUUGGGCCUCAAUGCCAGCGUCCUGCUCAACACCUCCAGCUCCAUAUUCCAACGCUUGGAGUCCAAGCACGCCAAGCCCGAGCCCGAAGCCGCGUUCCUGAGCCUGCUGCUCAUGCUGGGCACUGUUUGGCUGGGCCACACGCUCUACCAGUUCAAGAAGAGCCCCUACCUUCACUACUGCGUGCGGGAGGUCCUGUCCGAUUGUGCCCUGCCCAUCGCGGUGCUCACCUUCUCCCUCAUUCACCACUACCUCUUCUCCGAUAUUCACAUGUCGCAGUUCAACUAUAACCCCGAUGAGACCCUGUUUGAGCUGGCACAAAUCCAGACCCUGUCCUGGGCAGCUGUGGGCAGCGCCAUGGGCCUGGGCUUCCUCCUGUCCUUGCUCUUCUUCAUUGAACAGAACUUGGUGGCUCUCUUGGUCAAUAAUCCACAGAACAGACUGGUGAAGGGCACGGCGUACCACUGGGACCUGCUGCUCAUCGCCAUCAUCAAUAUGGGCCUCUCUCUGUUUGGCCUCCCCUGGAUCUACGCGACCUACCCCCACUCCCCCCUGCACGUGCGGGCCCUCGCCUACGUGGAGGAGCGCGUGGAGUUCGGCCACAUUUAUGAGACGAUAGUGAGCGUGAGGGAGACGCGCCUGACGGCCCUGGGAGCCAACGUCUUGGUGGGGCUCUCGCUGCUGCUCUUCCCUAUCCCGUUGCAGAGCAUCCCCAAGCCAGUUCUUUAUGGACUGUUCCUGUACGUCGCGUUCACCUCCCUGGACGGCAGCCAGCUCUGCGAGCGGAUCGUCCUUCUUCUCAAGGAGCAGACGGCGUAUCCCCCCACCCACUACAUUCGCCGGGUGCCACAGAGGAAGAUCCACUACUUCACGGGGCUGCAGGUCCUCCAGCUGCUGCUGCUGUGCGCCUUCGGCAUGUCGCCCCUGCCCUACAUGAAGAUGAUCUUCCCCCUCAUCAUGUUUGCCAUGAUCCCCAUCCGGUACCUGUUUAUGCCCCGAAUUAUUGAAACCAAAUAUUUAGACAUCUUGGAUGCCCAUGACUGAGGAAUCCCUGAGCCGAGCCUCCUGCUGCCCUUGGGCUAUCUGCUGAGGCCAUCCACACUGCUUUGCUUCUGCCUUCCCCUUCCCCCACAUCCCCAGCCAACACCGAGCCCUCCCAGGCUCUACCUCCAUGUCUCUGGUUCUUUCUUCACAGUUUUGAUUUUCUUUCUUUGCAUCUAAGGGCUUUGCCCUCUGGCAGUUCCCUGACUCGGGGCUGUUCUGGGGGGCUGUUGGGAAGGAAAUGACCUUCCUCUGCCUCUGCUCCACCCCACCCCCAGGGAGGGAGGCACCUGCCUUUGGAGGUGCUGGAGCAGGUCCUGGAGGUGAGAGUUGAAAUGUGGCAGAGACCAGUGGCACCAGUGGUGAGAGCAGGCCCAUCCACAGCCCCAGCUCUGGCACCUCCAGGUUAUGGAGCAUGGGGGCACCCUCCCAUCCCUCGAGGCUCCUGGAUGGAUGCUGGGGCAUUCCUAGCCUCCCCCUUGGUUAGGGGGAUGCCGAUUCCAGCCUGAGCAGGAUUGCACGACACACACUCACACACCCCCUGGCCUACAGCACUGGGAAGGUGGAACAUAGGGAGAAGAGGUCAGGCAGGCUCCAGGAACCAGCGGUCAGGAGUCUGGGGCUGGAGUGGGGAACUUGAGCUGAGCACCGUGGCUUUUCUUUUGAUGAGAGCCACUGCUUGGGAAGAGAAAUCAUUUCCUUGAUUGUGUAAGGAACUCGCUAUGAGCAUUGAAGAGAAUAAAGUUUCUGUUUCUAUGCUUCUAA